CACACCAGUGUUAUUAUGCUAACGAUGUGUCAUCAACACAUCAAGAUUAGGGUGGAAAGUGCAAAUGUUCGGGAAAAAUAAGUGUGCUAGACUUGUGUUAACUUUACUUUAGGGACCAGUUAGAGUCCAGUAAGUCAUAUUGUCUUCGUGAACAGGCUGUCAUAAAGUUAACACGACAGCAGGACUUGCGAGCGGGCUCAAACUGCUAAGCUACGGUGAUCUCCUACAACUGGACUGUUAGCUAACAGGCUAACUGGCGGAUUUUCUGUCCAACGUUAUUUGGCUCCUGACGGGACGGGAGAGAGAUGUCCUGCAGCUUAUUGGAGUUUUGUCGGCUCCAGGAGCUCAAAGCGGUCAGGGACUAUUUGUUCCAGGACCAGAAAACUGAGCAAGUGGAGGAGAGGAAUCAAACAGAAAAUGAGCUGUCCUGGGACACCUCAGACUGGGAGUCAGCAUGGGAUGCUGGCGAAGGCAAAGAGGAGGGAGCCACUUCUUCCACAACGGUGGAGGAGGAGACCACAGGGCAGGGUGCACCCUGGCUGCAGGACUGUGUAGUGUCCCUGUCACCCUGCUCUGACCUGCUAGUAGUGGCCCGUGAACAGAAGGCUGUCUUUCUCUCAGCCAAGUGGCGUACGGAUGACAGCGGCAAAGAGGAGAUGACCCUGGCUGUGUCUUGGACUGGAACUCUCAGCACUGACGAAGGAGAGUGUGUUGGCAGCAGUAUUUGUAUACCAUUGGCAAGCCAGAAGAGGAGCUCCACAGGGCGGCCCGACUGGACAUGUGUGGUAGUUGGUUUCACCUCUGGCUAUGUCCGCUUCUAUACAGAGAGCGGCGUUCUCCUCCUGGCCCAACUGCUGCAUGAGGACCCGGUAUUGAGGCUCAAGUGUCGCACAUAUGAGAUCCCUCGUCAUCCUGGAGUAACUGAGCAGCAUGAAGAGUUAAGUAUCCUCUACCCUGCUGCUCUGGUCACUAUCGAUGGCUUCAGCCUCUUCCAGUCUCUGCGUGCCUGCAGGAACCAGGUGGCAAGAGCGGCAGCAGCAGGUAGCGAAGCGAUCCAGCCUCCUCCUUUGGCCUAUAAGAAGUGGGGUCUGCAGGACAUGGACACCAUUGUGGACCACAGUAGUGUUGGCAUUAUGACGCUGUGUGUGUUUGACCAGAUGAAGAAUGCAUCUAUCCUGGGAGGGUUUAAUGCUUCAGUCAAGGGCAGCCCGCCUGCCAUGAGCCAGUAUGUCACUGUGGGAGGUGGGCCAUACACAGGCUUUUACUAUGCUGUAGAGGGGAGCUCCCAGCCUCUCCUCUCUCACGUGGCCCUGGCUGUGGCCAGUAAACUCACCUCAGCCCUCUUCAAUGCUGCCAGUGGAUGGUUAGGUUGGAACAAGAACAAGAAUGAAGAAGAGGCUAUUCAGAAACAGAAGCCCAAGGUGGAGCCCGCAACGCCCUUGGGGAUCAGAUUUGGUCUCCCAGACUCUCGACGCCACGGCGAGUCCAUCUGUCUGUCUCCCUGCAACACGCUGGCUGGUGUGACGGACGACUUUGGACGAGUCACUCUGCUGGACUUGGCAAGGGGCAUUGCCAUCCGUAUGUGGAAAGGUUACCGAGAUGCUCAGCUGGGUUGGCUGCAGGUUCCAGAGGAGCGGGGUGAUCGGGAGUUCUCCCCCUCUGCCUCCCUUCCCAGACGCCAUGCCCUGUUCCUGGUCAUCUACGCCCCCCGCAGGGGAAUCCUGGAGGUGUGGGCGAUGCAGCAGGGGCCUCGAGUUGGAGCCUUUACUGUGGGCAAACACUGCAGGUUGCUGUACGCUGGCUACCGUCUGAUGGGAGUGAACAGUGUGACCAGUCAGGGCUGGCAGCUCCACACCCAGCAGGUGUGUCUGCUGGAUCCCAUCACAGGAGCGUUGAGGACAGUGAACAUCCCCUUUCACCUGGCCCUCAGUGACAAGAAGAGCGAGCGAGCCAAAGAUAUGCACCUGUUAAAGAGGCUGACUACUUUACUGAGGAGCAGAGAGGUGGAGCCUGAUAUUCUGGAGAGCGAGGCUAAAAGUGUGUUGCUGGAUAUCAAACACCCCGCCAUUAAGAAGCAGGCUUUGGAGUCUCUGCUGUCAAAUAAGAAUGCUCCUGUCUCAUGUCUUACUAACAUCACAUAUGCCUUAUAUGACACUCUGAAGCAACAAGACCCUGAGGCAGUGGAUGCAGCAUUACUCCAGCUCUGCUCUUCACAGCUGAAACUGCUCCAACUCUACACUGACAUCCAGAACCUGCACUCUGCUGCAGACAUAGAGGCCUGCUCUAAAAAUGACUCUCUCGAAGGCAUAGAGGAUGAAUUGUCCCGUGUUGGUCCUACCUUGCAACGCUACGCCCAUUUCACUUCGAAACCCAGUGUUUCCUUCGCCCAGGACUCACCUGACUCCCCCCUGCCCCCCCAAGCCUUCCUCUCUCAGAUGGAGUGCACCGAGAAUGAGGAGUUGAGGGUAAUCCGCGGGUCUGAAACUGAGUGGAAUCAGCUAGGUAACUUUAUUUUCUGGGGUUGUCUGUGUGGAAAGAGCCCACUCCAUAAAGUCUGUGACACACUGCAGCAGGCUGGCGUCAGUCCACAGCAGCUACUGUCUCUGCUGCUAAGUGUGUGGUUGCAAAGAGAAAAGGAGGUGCUACAGAAGCCAGAGGAAACCGUUAGAAAUCUACACACACUACUCAUCGCCCUCAGCAACAUGAAAGGUGCAGUUGAGGAGUCAUGGGACCCCCAGUCCAUCUCUCCAUGGUGGCAGCAAGUUCGCUCUACAUGCAUCCAGUCCCACAAUGCUGCCGCUGCUCUGCUGGCUGCCUUCGUUGCUCACCGUGCUGCGAAGGCUAGCAUCACAAGCCGGGCUGACAGUAAGCUGCAGUCUGAGUGGGAGGCGGUGUCCCUAGAGCUGGAACAGUGGGUGGUGUGCGUUCGCCAGCUAGAGGAUGUGCUGGUGCUGCAGACUCUGCUGUUGGUGCCUCCUCCUCAGGGAGCAGCAGGGGGCGCUGCAGCACAGUGCUCCAUCAAAACGCUGCUGGAGGGAGGCACAGGUGGCAUAGCAGACAGUGUUUCCAAGUGGGUGUUCAGGCACAACUUGGCCCCUGAGCGACUGAAAGAAAUUCUCCAAAAGAAAGAAGACAAAGAGGCAGAUGAAAACCAAGCGCAUACAGCUGGAGGAGAGGGGAAGGAGCAGGAGGAGAAGAGCCAAGAGGACACAGACAGGACAGCAGAGCUGUUGGUGACAGUGUGUCAGCGGUUCCCACACUCCCUCUCACCUGACUUGCUCUUCGCCCACUGCUGCUGGGAAUAUGUGGUGCAGUGGAACAAAGACCCUGAGGAGGGCCGAUACUUGUGGUGGGCGGUGGAACAUCUGAAGCUGGUCUCCAGUCCACAUAUCCAACUAGGUAUUUCUGCCAUGAUGUGGAGCACAUUCGUUGUCAAGCGUUUCUCGGCAGCAGCUUUCCUCAUGGAGAAGGUGGGGAAAGCACCCAAAGAUCGCUUAUGUCGACGGGAUGUUGGGAUGGGAGACAAAGCUGUGACGUCUUUCCUGGGCUGCUGUGUCCAGCUGCUGCAGAUCCUCAUGGAGUCGGACUCGGCGGUGGAGGAGGUUCCCGUCCCAGAGCUGUCCAUGGAGGAGGUGUGGAGCGGGGCAGAGGGCCCUGCGUCACUAGCUGAACUCGCCCUUGAGCAGAGAGGCGUCCACUACCCCCUGGUGCAACACCACUGCCUGUUAGCCUCCCUGCUACAUGCUGCUAUGACCUUCAGUCUGAAGGUCAAACCACUCAGUCUGUUUGACAGCAAGGGUAAGAACGCUUUCUUCAGAGAUCUGACGACCAUCCAGUUGAUGCCCAGCGGAGACAUGGACCCAGGCCUGGUCUCACUACGACAAGAGUUCCUCCUCCGGGUGCUGACCGCCUGGGUGCAGGCUAUAGAUGAUCCUUCCAGCUCGGCCUCUGGCACCAGCUCAACCCCGUUACCCUCCAGUGGCCCCAAGGCUGACUGGUGGCCCUCGCUGUGUCUGGAUCUGGGCUCCCUGCUGCAGGUCAACCCUGACAUCCUGAGACGACACCUCGUCUGCGAGCUUUACAACCAGGGCCUGGACCCGCGGGCCGAAGAGGUGAUGUUAGAGGUGGAGGAUAAGGAUGUGCUGGGCUCCCAGCUGCUGGUACUGACUGGCCAGAGGCUGAGUUACUCACUGCUCCACAGCCAGAGCCAGACGCAGGCUGCCAUGGAGCUGCUGGCCCGCCUGCCCCCCACCCUCUGCACAUGGCUCAAGGCGAUGGACCCCAGUGAGCUGCGGUGCCCCCUGGUCCCCUUGCCCCAGACCAGCAGGCUGGUUGGCCGUCUGAUUGAAAUCCUGCCAGAGAACCACGCCCAGUACAGCCUGGCCCUGCACCUUCUGGAGGCUGUGGAGGUCCUCACCACUGAGGACUGACCUUAACAGGGAGAGGGGGGUCGGAGUCACCUUUGAGGCACAGUAGAGUCAUAGUCGGCAGAUGGAGAGAUGAUAAGGAAAUAACAAAAGAAAUGAAAAGAGGAAAGUUAUGCUGGAGACUGAUGGAGGCAGAGACUCCUCCCCCAUCUAAAUGAAUCAAGGUCUGUAGCACUUCAGGAAUGACUGAUGGUGUCUAGAAGGGUACUCAUAUACAGCAUAUGAGAGACAGUCAAAGACAAUGAUGAUAAACAGCCUUCUCACCCUCUUAUGUCAUCGUCAUGAAGUUUGUUUUGUCGUUCAGCUCAUGUUAAUAUCCUCACAACUUAAUUGUAGAAGGCAGUGAUAUAUAAAAUGGAUCAUAGGCUUUUAACUUUUUUAAUCCAUCAUAUUUUCACGCAUGUAACAUAAAUUAUAUUGAAUACUUGUGUUAUUAAAGAGUAUUGUCUGGG